GCACACUCCUUGUCUUUGACUCUUCUUACAUCAGUUUCAGGCUUCUUCUACAUACUUCUCUCCCGCCGCUUUCUGCCGGAAUCUAACGUCAGCAUGCUCACUACAGCUUGAUCUCAAUAUAUUUACCCCAUCGUUGCAACGUUCUCAGCUUCGAUCAUCUACACUGACUAUUAACAUCACCGCCUCCUACUGAUCUGUCACUCAUCUCUUUCGUUUGUUUAUUAGAGUUCCGAUUGAAUUCAAAAUAUCUGGGUUGUUUUGCACUGAAAGAUGGCAGCUUUGAAAGGUUACGGCUUGAUUCCCAUUGACUCUGCCCUCCAUUUCCCUCGUCCACAUCAAUUCGAGCUCUACAAGAGAAGGAAUCUGAAAUGGGUAUCUCCAAUAGCAGCUGUAGUUCCUAACUUCCACCUCCCAAUGCGCAGUCUCGAGGACAAAAACAGGACGAACACAGAAGACAUAAGGUCACUUAGAGUGAUCACAGCCAUCAAGACACCGUAUCUCCCCGAUGGAAGAUUCGACCUCGAAGCAUACGAUGAGCUAGUCAACACGCAGAUAGUUAAAGGCGCUGAAGGUGUGAUCGUUGGCGGUACAACCGGUGAAGGCCAGCUGAUGAGCUGGGACGAACACAUAAUGCUUAUAGGCCAUACCGUCAACUGUUUCGGCUCAAGAAUCAAAGUAAUUGGGAACACCGGAAGCAACUCCACAAGGGAAGCUAUACACGCCACUGAACAAGGAUUCGCUGUGGGAAUGCACGCUGCUCUUCACAUAAACCCUUACUACGGAAAAACAUCUAUUGAAGGCAUGACUGCUCACUUUCAAACCGUUCUUCACAUGGGACCGACGAUUAUAUACAAUGUGCCAGGUCGAACGAAUCAAGAUAUACCUCCACAUGUUAUCUUUAAACUCUCUGGUAACGGCAAUUUAGCUGGUGUUAAGGAGUGUGUGGGUAAUGACCGAGUUGAAGAGUAUACUGAGAAGGGUAUUGUUGUGUGGAGUGGGAAUGAUGAUCAGUGUCAUGAUUCUAGGUGGGAUCACGGGGCGACUGGUGUUAUAUCGGUUGUUAGCAACUUGGUUCCUGGUUUGGUGAGGAAACUCAUGUUUGAAGGUAGAGACUCGGCUUUGAACUCGAAGCUCCUGCCUUUAAUUGAUUGGCUGUUCCAAGAACCGAAUCCUAUUGGUGUUAACACAGCUUUGGCUCAGCUAGGAGUUGCUAGGCCGGUGUUUAGGUUACCUUAUGUGCCGUUGCCUGUGUCCAAAAGGGUUGAGUUCGUUAAACUUGUGAAGGAGAUUGGAAGGGAGCAUUUUGUAGGAGAGAGGGAUGUUCAGGUACUUGAUGAUGAUGACUUCAUUUUAAUCGGCAGGUAUUAG